GAGAGUGGGAGUAUAUUCCUGUACAAUCGAAAGAAGGUCAAAUACAGGAACGAUGGUUACCUAUGGAAGAAAAGAAGAGAUUGCAAGACAACAAGGGAAGAUCACAUGAAACUCAAAAUCAAAGGAGUGGAUUGUCUCUAUGGAAACUACGUUCACUCUGCAAUCAUCCCUACAUUCCACAGGAGAUGCUAUUGGCUUCUACAGAACCCUGACAUCAUCCUUGUUCAUUACCUGAACGUCCCGGUCACUGAGGAUCGUAAGCUGACCUUGGAAUCCUUGACCAAUGGCUCUUUGAUUGACUUGCCUCAGCAUGAUGGUUCUAACUGGUCAACAGAAGACCUUAUCAAGCAGAUCACUCCAAUGCUACAUGGAUACCAGAUACAGCUCAAUGGAUCCCAAGAGCUAACACCCUCUGACUCUGCUGAAGUGAUAGCCAAGUAUCUCUUACAUGGUCACCGUCAGGAUAACAACAGUGAUUCUAGGAACUGUAGCUGUUUAGACUGUACAACGCUCAGGAUCAUGGCCCAAGUUCCACCCAGUCCUGCAGGUUCUUGUAGCAGUCAGUCUUCAUCCAUCGCAUCCACCAGCCAAGGGUCUAUCCAUUUUGUGGACAACACCACCAAGCCAUGCAGCAACCACAAUACGUUGUCUAACGCUGUAUCAAACAAGGUGAAGAUGGAUGACAGUGGAAACAUCAACUUGUUGAUUGUGGUAGCGAACCAAAACAAUGCUGGCAACAAACUCCAGGUGAAGAGUAUUGCUCCCGUGGACUCUUCGCAGAAUAUAUCUGAGGUCCUCAAAGGACUUGGCAAUGUGCAAUGUGUGACUGAUGUCACAGCGGACAGUAGGGCUUCAUCUGAGGUCAAUGCCGAAGCAAGCAGAAAUGAAAUAAAUGGACAUCUUCACAAUCAAUCGUUUAUAUCUUCACUGAUGACCCCUAGUGGCUCGCAAGGAAGAGUUCCUUUUACAGCCCACCAAUUACAGUCCUGUGAUCCCCAUUGCUCGGCUUUUCAAGAGAACCCCAAUGUCCUGAACCAGAUGCCUUCAUUUAUUCACCAAGGUAAUGGACCACAUAUAUGCCAUCAACAAAAGCUCCAAGAGCAGCAGAGACAUUCCACAGGACAACCUAUCAGACAACAGUCCUCAGAACAAGCUGGGACACAGGCUUCUCUGCCAGGACCCUCGCACCAAGGUCGAAGCAUCCUUAGGUCUCCUCAGUUGAUAGUGUCAUCGCCACAAUUGUUCCCGAGUCAGCAAGCGCAUCAGGUGCCACAGCUCUUGUCAACUGGAAGUCAACAGUGCAAUCCUUUCAAUUUAUCCAGAGAUACAAUGGAGUCAAUAAGAUUGGGGAACCAAGGUAUUACAACUUGUACACCUCCAGCCACUGCUGUUCAUUCUGUAAACUCAGUGCAGGAAUCAGGUACAUUCAAAGUGCCAGGAGUUAGGUUGCCAGCAGAAAAUAGACAUGUUGGUUCAGUAGGUACCCCACAGUUGAUUCUCCAGCAAGUGCCCUCAAAUUCCUCACGAAAACCCCCUAAUUUUAUUCUCAAGGCCUCUGAGCCGAAAGCAGGUGAAACGCCAAAGUUCAUCCUCAAACCUGCUGAAGGCACAGCCUCAAUGACAGCACAAGGCUUAGCUUCCCCUCAGUUCAUCCUAAAGGCUGUGAAUUCUGGUGAUGCUGGCAAUCCCCAGAUUGGCCGAGCCUCACCACAGACAUCCAACACUUCAACAAUCCUUGCAAGUAGUGGCUCUCCAAACAAUCUACUGCAACAGUCUGAAUCAAACCCAUCAUUGCUUCAGAUGGUAGCUGAUGCAAACAUUGUAGCUGCAGAGACAAGAACUUCUCUUUUUGAAGGAAGAUCUGACUUUUCAUCAAAUUCAGAAAAGUCAAAUUCCAUUUGGGUAGGGCAGGAUAGAGAUAACCAUACAAUGCAAAACUGUCAUAGUGGACAGCUUAAGAUUACUGGGCAGGAAUCACAGGAGUUGCGGGAAUUGGUGAAUGGAGACCCUAAGCUUAAGACUCUGGAGAAUCGAUUCAGAGACCACCGUAGUGACCUUGUCAUGCUCCCAGAGAGAGUGCAGGAACACUAUCUUCAAACACAGACAGAUGCAAGAGCAACUAAAGAACAAAGGAAUCCUCAAGAUAAUAGGCUAUUUAUAUCCCAACAAAGAUCGGUUUCAAAAGCCCAUCAUCAGAAAAUUCAAAGAAGUGAAAAGGACACUGCAGAUCCCGCGCACAUGCCCCAAAAAGGCACUCUUCCUCAGGAUACAAGUCCUAGUCGGAUAGACAUCACUUACCAACACUCCGUAAACAGCAGCAAUCUAUACUGCCAGAAUGAAAACUCUGAAUUUCCCACCCUUUCUGAGUUCAAUGCCAUGGAUCAGGAUGGGAACUUUAGCCACAAUGACCAGAACUCUGUCCUUUCUGAUCUUCUGUCUGCUAGUGGCUCUUUCCAUAACUCCUUAGGGGCAACUGAUCCUGGGCACGACUUCAUAAAGUCUGGUAGUGCAACAUCAGAUCUCAGUUCCCUCCCCAGUCCUUCCAACAUCGAGCUGGACCUUGAUACCUUUGAGCUCAUGGAGAGCCCACUUCCAGAACUCGGAGGUGCUCUUCUGACUUCAUCCAGUCCCAAUGCUAGUCUUGAUGACUUCAACCAUGGCACCAACCAAGAACAGCCGGCACCCCUGCAGAACAAUCAUGAUGGAAGGCAACAUGAUUUAGCUGAUGAAGACCAUUCUGGAGAACACCUCUGUGAGAUCACCGACUUCUCACCAGAUUGGUCCUACACUGAGGGUGGAGUGAAGGUCUUAGUGACAGGGCCCUGGCAGUCCACUCAGGAUGUUUAUAGCUGUAUCUUUGACCAGACCAGUGUAGCAGCUGCACUUGUACAGACUGGUGUCCUACGCUGCUAUAGUCCAGCCCAUCAAGCAGGGAAAUGUGCACUUCAUGUAACCUGUAACGGACUGCUCAUCUCCAAGCCUCUCACGUUUGAAUACAGAGCACGUAGCAACCAGUCGGUUGCAUCGUCACAUGACUGGCUCUCUCUAGAUGAGAAUCGAUUCAAGAUGGCUAUUCUGGAGCGCCUAGAGCAGAUGGAACAGAGGCUUAGUAACACAGGCAACCAAGGAAGAAGCCAGCCUCCGGGAGGUACGUCUCAAUCCAGUUCCUUUGAAGACAGGGUGGUCAGUAUCUGUCAGGACCUGAUGAGCCAAAGACCACCCACCAGCAUUCCUCAGAUCCAGACCGUUAGUAGACCAGACCACGGUAUGACACUACUGCACCUAGCGGCAGCACUCGGAUUCAGUCGGCUCAUAUCUACCUUGUUCUUAUGGAGGAGAGAUCAUAACAGUAUAGUCGCAGAGCUGGAACUAGACCCAAUGAACAUGGACAAUGCAUCCUGCACUCCAUUGAUGUGGGCAUGUGCUCUAGGUCACAUGGAGUCUGCCCUUCUCCUGUAUCGCUGGCGACCCCACUGCUUAAAGAUGAGUGACUCCCUCGGACGCCUUCCCCUGGAUGUCGCCAAGUCUCGAGGGCACACCUCCCUUGCAGAGUCCUUGAUGCAACUUGGUCAAGAAGAACCUCAUCUUUGGUCACCUCUUGGUGCAUCCCCAUCCCCCAAGAGCGAUCCCAUACAGAUACCACGAAGCGGACGCAACACCCUUCCAGCAUUCAUGGUGUCAUCACCAGCCACCAACACACCCAAUUCAUCCCUUUCCGAUGACUCUGCACCUAUCUUUGAAGCACAGUCACCAUCUUCAGGCUGCCUGUCGAAUCUCUCGGUGAGUCCUGUCUCACAGGGGCUGGUGACACCUAACACAGGAGUCUCUCCGCAGAUAUCACCCAGGCUGCAAGAUCUGCCCGGGACGUCAUCAGGAUUGCUUGGCAACAUGCUCAACGUCCAACCAGGCUUUCUUCGAAGGGACAGCGGGGUGAGCUUGAAGUCCACCAGUCCUCAUCACCACCACACACAAAACCACGCCCACCAUCUGUCAUCCAGUCCCCAGCCUCCUGCAGGAGCAAGCCCCAUGCCUAUCCCACCUCCAAUAUCCCAAGCGACCCUCAAGGCAUUCCUGAGCGGGAGCCAAAUCCUGGGUAACCUGGAUCCUGCGGAGAUGAUGGGGCUCCCUCCAUUGGGAGACAAGGAGCACGCUGACCAGAAGGAAAUGUGGGAGAGCUUCGUCAAAGAGCUCCAGGUUGCAGCUCAGCAACAAGAGGACGAUCAUGGAGAGCUAGACGAUGUGGAGGAUGAACAACGCUGUGAUUCUCCCAUGCAGACAGAUGACUACAUGCCUCUCCUCCUACCAAGGGCUGCUGCUGGAAACAAGGAGCAGUACCUCUCUCUGGCGGAGCACAUCCUGGAUGCUCUACCGGAGCGCAUCAAGCUGGAGGGCUCCAGGGGUAGUGUAGCAGGAUCCCAGGUAGAGACAGAAGGGCCCCAUGUCCAGGUGGACCAGGAGUCCCUCCAUGACUCCAUCAGCUCCAUCGCUAGUCCCUUCUCAAGCCCAGGAGGUGUGGAGGACACACUUUAUAGAACGGGCAUUGACAGUUCACCCGCUAGUUCCUACAGCGGUGCAGAGUCGUCCUGCCGUACCUCUAAUAGUCCCAGUAAUAUCAGCUUUGAUGAGGACUUCCCACCGGCAGACUGGAGCGACUUCUUACAGGGAUCUGGCCAUGCGUUGCAAUGGGCUUUCUCUAUACUCACGCUCUCUGAUGAAGAGCAGAGACAGUUGUACAAAGCUGCUAUUGUGAUCCAGAAUGCAUUCAGACAGUACAAGGGAAGGCAACAGCAGAAACAACAAGAAUUGGAAGCAGCGGUCAUUAUCCAGAGCUAUUACAGGAGAUAUAAAGAGUAUUUCCACUACAAGUCCAUGUCUGAGGCUGCCAGGGUGAUUCAGAACAAGUUCCGUUCGUUCCAGAGCUACCGACAGUUCCAACGGAGUCGCAGGGCGGCCAUCAUCAUCCAGAAUAGCUACCGGACAUACCGUGCUCAAGAGCAGUUCAGGAAGAGCAGGGAUGCAGCCAUUCUCAUACAACAAAGGUUUAGGGAUAAGCGGAAGGCUCGGAUGAAGCGAGAGCAGGAGGCUGCCCGGAAGAUACAAAGAUUUCUAAGGAGGUACCACAAUAGGGUGAUGAAUCAAAAGAAGAGACAAGGUAAUCGGAUGAAGCAAGUGACCACUUGACUGAGGCGAGGCAGACGGAGGUUCAAAUCUCUUCUUGAUUAGUAUACAUCAUAAACCACGCCCUUACGCUACGACACAUCAAUGAGUGGAUGAUAGAUGAAGCGCAGCAUUCGAUCUCUCUCCCUCUGAGAAAUGGUCUGGAAUGCAGAUCGGUUCUCUCUCUGAAUUUACCAUACCCUUCGUGAUGUGGUGUGUGUUUAUUGGCUUGGAGGGAGAUUAAUGGCCAGAAGAGGUCCAACUGCGUUAAAGUACAAGAACGUAUGCUGCAGAUUUCAAAAUAUAAUGUUGGUAUUGACGUCUCUUACAAGAUGAAUGUAUAUCAAGGAGGUGAUUCUCUGAGAAUUAGGGUAGCAGCUGAGGUUUAUUGAAGAUUGAACUUGUUAAGCUGUUGACUACUGAAUUCAUUCUGUUAUAUACAUAGCCUGCGUACAGGGAUCUCUAGGUUCCAGUAAGCAAUGGGUUCAGAAGGAAUGUGGCUUUUUAUCACUUUAUCAAACUGAUUGAUCACAGAAUAAUUUCCUGAGAAGGAGUAUAUUAACUAGUGACCAUGGUGGCUAAUGAUAUUCUUACAGUUUCAGUAGGUUUGGUUUUGAUAUAUUUGUAAAAAAAAGCUUUGUACAUACAAGCUGCUGGUACCUACCAUGAAAGAAUAGUUUUGUAUGAAAGGGAAUAUCAGCUCAUGAUCACAAAGUUUGUUGGGAUUCUGUCAGAUUCAGUAGGUCUGGUUUUGACAACAAGGAUGCUUGUGUGUUUGUACCAAUGACAUAGCCUCCCGUGACUAAGAACUCUGCAUGGUGAAUACAGAGACUGUGGUUAUAGCUUUAUUAUGUAGUCUCAGAAGGUACUGGUUCUGGUCGUUGUUUCAAGCUGGAGGAUGACAUUAGGUGAAGGGCACCAAAGGCGUACUUACAGCUUUAUAUUCAUACUGUGUCAGGAGUUGUCGAAAUGAUCCUUUACUAUUUAAGGCAAGAUUAGAGGUUGACUCCGCUCCAUUUCUGAAGUUGCUAUUAUAAAGUAACCACUAUUAAGAUCUGUUUAUUUCUUGAGCUAAUUCUGGACUAUUACAGCUGAACAUAGCCAGAGAUGGAGUAUUAUUGAUUUCCUAUGGUUGGUAGUAUUCUUACAUUGAUUCAGCUAACCCUAACUGAACACUAAAUGUGACCUGUCACCCCAAAACCAACAAUAAGUCGACCAAAAUGAAUACUGAGAUUUUUAUUGAGCUUGAAAAUUAAUUUCCUAAGCUUUAAAAUGAUAUGUAACAUGUUAGAAUUGACCAACAAUAACCAUUACAAGUACUUGAUUGAAUGCAGAGGAAAUUCAGCAAGAGCUUAAAAAAUCAGGAAAAAGCAAGGUUUGAAGUUUGGGGUUCACUCAAGCAUGAGAUGUUUAUACUGUGUAAUCUCACUGAAACUCCCAAGCAGUCUGAAAAAUAGUGUCCAAGAAACUCUUGUAUCUUUUCUUUUAUUCAACUUCACAACUUCAAGUUUUCACAGUAUGAAGAAGAAGAAUGGCUUUUUCAGAUAAGCUAUUUUUUUAAUUUUUUUUUUUUAGAGACUAAAUGACUAUUUUGGCUAUUGACAGAGAACCUUACCUGGUGACUUAUUGGUGGUUUUGGGGUGGUAUGUCAUAAAUAUGCCAUUAAGGGCAAUGCUGAUUGUGGAGAAGUGGGUGUGGGAUUGAUUGUGGAAAUAAUCAAACUCCAGCACCGAAAGCCCUCUCUUUUGCUCCUUUCUCUGAGAUACUGUGAUCAGAUCAAACUUUGCUGCUUUCAGGCAGAGGACACACCAGAUCCCGUCUUACAAAGACUGAAGAUUGAUCCGAUCAACAACAAAUAUGGAAAGCCAGCAAAGUCAACAUCUGCACUACAGUGUACAUGUUUGUUCAAAAUGUUUUCUAGAUAUGAUGUAUGUUCAUACAUUCAUCAUUUUCUAAAAAUUGCAUUGUGUUUCUCUUUGUUUACAAGGGACAAUGUGUAAAUUUCCUAUACAAAAAUUCAUGACAUUGUUAGAUUUCCAUACAGUUGAGAUUGAUUGGAUCAAUCGCAACUAUUCGUAAGACGGGACCAGAUUACUAAAGCUAUACCCACAAGGUGACUCCAAACCGAUUGAUGAUAGUCCUUUUAAACUAUAGCUUUGGUCGGUCUGGAAUCGGUUUCCCCAAUGUGAAUGUAACAACACUUUGGAAGAACAUACGUAGGCUUUAUAGUGAUGUACAUUUUGCAAAUUAUUAUCAGUGAUACAGUAUAUCACAUAUUAACGAUAUACAGUUUAUACAAUGUACAUAGACAGAUACAGUUAUGCCUUGUAGUUUGAUUAUCUUCUAUAUACUGUAUGUUCAUCUAUGUGAAGAUUUUAGUAGGAAAACCAAAUAAUGCAUUUUAGCAUUGGUGCAGUAUGGUCUAAAGUAUUUUGUAUAAAUAUAUCUAUGAAUAUAGAGUAUAUUCACCAAAUAUUCACUACUUACUUAGAUAUCACUAGAUGACCUUGGGUAGAUGCAGACAUCUCAGGUCUUCAUGUUUUCAAAUGAAAAUGCAUACGCAUACAUGUACAUGUAUUUUUAUCAGUGUGCAAGAGAUGGCUUAAAAUGUGAAGAACUGGUAAUUGCAAAGCAUACUCUGGGUGAAAUUAAGUGUUAACUAUUUGGUAUAUGAACUAUUCUGUUGCCAAGUAAAAGCUGAUGAUGUACAGGGAUUUUAUAUGUCCUUUUAUAUCUCCCAUUUGUGAUAUGAUUUUUUUUUUUUGCUUCCUCUCAGAAAUUGUAUGAAAAAACUAUCAAAUAUCACUCCCGAAAUGUAUUCAUUCUACACUUUUCACUUUUAUAAACCACCUAUUAGGGCAGGCCCCUUUCUCCUUGAAAUAUCAUUGAUUAAUCUGGAAGGAAUUGAGAAUUGUAGAAUAUGCUGCAGUCAUAUACAUGUAUGAACAACUUCACAUAUAUUUUCUUUAAAAAAAGUAUUCAAAUAUGAAUGAAUUGAUCAGGACAGUUUGGAAAGAAAACUCAUGAGAUAUUUUUGAAGAAUUAAUGCC